UCUUCUUCCUCCAUCCAUCUCUUCUUCUCCCUUUGAUCUGUUCAAAAUCCCUUCUUCUUCUUCUUCUUCCUUGUCCGUUUCUCUCUCCAGCAGUCGUCAUCUCAUCAAGAAAAACCCUACUUUCCCCCCCUUCUCUCCUCCCUCGGCCUUCCUUUUCCCACAUCAUCAAGAAGGAGGAGAAGAAGAAGACACAGUCAGUCGUCCCAAGAGUCAAACCAGUCCAGCUGAUCAGCCCCCUUCCCUGACCUGAAUACUUAAGCUUUCGCUCCCGACGAAGAAAGAAAGAAAGAAAGAAACCCUAUUCUCUUAUCGUUUCCGGGGGAGAAAAUCUAAUUAAAAUCCCUGCUGCCAUUCCAACCCCCACCCAGGAAAAAAGAAGUCAAAAGGGGUUUCUCUUGAUGUGAACAUGCAUUGCAAGAUGGAGCUCCAUACCCGCGAAACUUCCCCGGAUCUUGGCUAGCUAUAGCUCUGGCCCUCUAUAUGCUUUCUCUCCAACCACAAGGAUUCGACGUACUAAACGAUAGUUACAGAGGCAAAGAUGUUCCAGCCAAACAUGUUCGACAGCCCGCACAUAUUCGAGAUGACAUCGAAAGCCUUCGAGGCCGAGAUGGGCAAGUCUCGAGACUUGCUGGACGAAUACGACACCAAGUCCGGCACCGACACCAUGGGCGGCGGAGCCGAUCCGUCGGGGGACGAGGAUCUAGACGGCAGCCCGUCGCAACCGCCCAACAAGAAGAAGAAGCGCUACCACCGCCACACUCAGCGCCAGAUCACAGAGAUGGAAGCUUUUUUUAAGGAGUGUCCACAUCCGGACGACAAACAGAGGAAAGAGCUGAGCCGGGAGCUAGGGUUGGAGCCGUUGCAAGUGAAGUUUUGGUUCCAAAACAAGCGCACUCAAAUGAAGGCUCAGCACGAGCGCCACGAGAACUCGAUCCUUAAAUCGGAGAACGACAAGCUACGAGCCGAGAACAACAGGUACAAGGAAGCCCUGAGCAACGCCUCCUGCCCCAACUGCGGCGGGCCCGCCACCCUCGGCGAGAUGUCGUUCGACGAGCAGCACCUCAGGAUCGAGAACGCCCGCUUAAGAGACGAGAUCGAUAGGAUCUCGGCGAUCGCAGCCAAGUACGUCGGCAAGCCGAUGAACUCAUUCUCGUCCUCCCAUCUCUCCCCGCAUUUACCCUCUCGGUCGUCGAUCGACUUCGGCGGCGGGCAGCAGCCGGGUGGCUUCGUGGGGGAAAUGUACGGGGCGGCGGCGGCGGCGGCGUCGGACCUGUUGAGGUCGGUGGCGGGGCCGACGGAGGCCGACAAGCCGAUGAUCGUCGAGCUGGCGGUGGCGGCGAUGGAGGAGCUCGUGCGGAUGGCUCAGGCAGGGGAGCCUUUGUGGGUCCCAGAUCAUCAGGGAAAUAGUGCCGGCGAGAUGCUGAACGAGGAAGAGUACUUGAGAAGUUUCCCGAGAGGGAUCGGGCCGAAGCCGUUGGGGCUGCGGUCGGAGGCGUCGAGGGAGUCGGCGGUUGUGAUUAUGAAUCACGUGAAUCUGGUCGAGAUCUUGAUGGACGUGAACCAAUGGUCGAGUGUGUUCUGCGGGAUUGUGUCUCGAGCGAUGACUUUGGAGGUGCUAUCGACCGGAGUUGCUGGGAACUACAACGGCGCCUUGCAAGUGAUGACAGCUGAGUUCCAAGUCCCAUCGCCAUUAGUCCCCACGAGAGAGAAUUACUUCGUAAGGUAUUGUAAGCAGCAGAGCGACGGCACAUGGGCUGUAGUCGACGUCUCUUUGGACAGCCUGCGGCCCAGCCCACUUUCCAAGAACAGAAGAAGGCCUUCCGGUUGCCUAAUCCAAGAACUACCAAACGGUUACUCCAAGGUGAUGUGGGUCGAACACAUUGAAGUCGACGACUCGUCGGUCCACAACAUCUACAGACCGCUGGUUCAUUCCGGUCUGGCCUUCGGGGCCAAAAGAUGGGUCGCUACGCUGGAUCGACAGUGCGAGCGGCUGGCCAGCUCCAUGGCCAUGAACAUUCCAGCCGGCGACCUCUGCGCAGUAAUGACCGGGCCUGAAGGGAGGAAGAGCAUGCUGAAGCUGGCGGAGAGAAUGGUGAUGAGCUUCUGCACCGGCGUCGGCGCCUCCACCGCCCACGCAUGGACGACGUUGUCCCCCUCCGGCACCGACGACGUCCGCGUCAUGACGAGGAAGAGCAUGGACGACCCCGGGAGACCGCCGGGGAUAGUCCUCAGCGCCGCCACUUCUUUCUGGAUCUCUGUCCCGCCCAAGAGGGUUUUCGAUUUCCUCAGGGACGAGAACCACCGCAGCGAGUGGGAUAUACUCUCCAAUGGCGGCCAAGUUCAAGAAAUUGCUCACAUCGCCAACGGACGCGAUCCGGGGAACUGCGUUUCGUUGCUUCGAGUGAACGUAAGUUUCGUAAAACGCAUCUUCUUCGUUAUUCUUACGAAUACAUAUACGAAUUCCAGCCAGAGCAACAUGCUGAUUCUGCAGGAGAGCAGCGUCGACGCGACGGGAUCCUACGUCAUCUACGCGCCCGUCGACAUCGCCGCCAUGAACAUCGUGCUCAGCGGCGGGGACCCGGAUUACGUGGCGCUCCUCCCCUCGGGCUUCGCGAUCCUCCCCGACGGGCCCACGGAGGCGGCGGCGGCGUUCAACCCUGGCGAAGGGAUCGUCGACGACGUGGGUUCCGGCGGGACGCUGCUCACCGUGGCGUUUCAGAUACUGGUGGAUUCGGUCCCCACGGCGAAGCUGUCGCUUGGUUCCGUGGCUACGGUGAACAGUCUGAUCAAGUGCACGGUGGAAAGGAUCAAGGAGGCCGUCGCUGGGAAAACUGCAUGAAAUUAGGGAGUUGACUUUUUGGAAGCUGAAGGGAAAGAUAGGGGAAGAAGUCAAGAACGCACCUAAGGUGAUCCUUUUGAUGAACGUGUGGGAAGAAGUCAAAGGCUUAUAUAGGUUCGGGUAUUGACUUUGCCUAUUCCUGAAAAAAAGGGAACUUCAAAAUGUAAAAGUAUAUGGCACUAGUAAUUAAUCUUUAUCCAUUCCUAUCUUUAUAAUCAAUGAUGGAUAUGAUUGUAUUGUGUUAGAGAGAAGUUACCCUUUGCCAAUUCAGACUUGGGAUUUAUCCUUUAAUUUUGGGAAGGGUUUUGAAGUGGUUUAAUUUUAGGAGGAGGGUUGGUUUGAUUAGCAUUUUGGGAAAUUAGUGAGUGUGCAUGUUAGAUGCUAAUUUGUAGAACUCCAAGUGUAUUUGUCUUAGUUUUGCAACUUUUAAUUUAAUGGGUAAAUUGUCCAUUUCCUUUACUCA